CGCACAGCUCAGAUGUUUUGGGCAGAGAGAGACAUGAGCGCGCAGAGACUCGCUUCUUGCUUCUUGCUUCUGGGUUUGAUCUGGUUCACGAGCUGCGCGCCGCCGACCUGUUACUCGCGCGCUCUGGAGCUCAGCAAAGAAAUCAUGAGGGAUCUGGACAAAAUACAUAAACAUGAUCGCACGAAAACAUGCGCCGAGUCUCUGCCGAAGAUGUUUCUGGACGUGCACAACUCCUGCAUCCGCUCGAAGCUGCGUGAUUUCUUGUAUGUGACUGAGAAUCUUCCGACUGAAUCCUGCCGGGAGCGUCCUCUCCUCCGUCUCCUGAAGCGCCGCGUCCGGACCCUGCUCUCCAUCAUCACCCGCGCCUGCUAUCGGGAUCUGGUGUUUUACACAGAUGACUGUGAGGCUCUGGAAACAGGAAACAUCAGUCCUCGAUACUCCGAGGAUCGGCUGGAACACGUGAUAGAGGACGCCUGAGAGAAACAACGACAGCUCCAACACUCGCCCUGAUAUUACACCCAAACAUGUUCAACAAGCACUCAUACAGACAGAGAGAGUGUGUGUGUGUGUGUGAGAGAGAGAGAGAGAGAGAGAGAGAGAGUGUGUGUGUGUGUGUGUGUGAGAGAGAGAGAGAGAGAGAGAGAGAGUGUGUGUUCUGCUGAACAUGGUGUUUUUUGAAAGAACUGGUUUUGGCUGGUAAUGCCCAGUUCUAGGUGAGGUUCUCUUUUAAAGAGUAUCUGUGUGUGUGUUUAUUUGUGUGUGUGUGUGUGUGUGUGUGUCCAUGCAUUCCACUAGUGAGGGAAAAACAUUCCACAGGAAAUGAUCUAAAUGCGGUCGUUCAUCUCAGUUCAGUAAUAAGCGCUGGUUACAUGGCUGUAUGUUUGGCUCAUUGACCGCGACGUAAGUGAGAGAUUUAGUGUGUGUACAAAAACCACACAAACUUGUUAGAAUUGUAUUUCAUUACUGAAAGUUACUUAAUAAAUGACAGAAACGCUGUGAUUAAAGGCUGAGGUGGUGAAGAGAUGCAGAAGAGUUGUGAUAAUGUGACGGGACUCAAAUUUCACACGGCACGCAAGCAAAAGAAGAAAGAACUACUAUUUUUAUAGUGAACAAUGAGGGUUUUUCUUUUCAAAGUUCUUCUGGAAACAGUGUGAGAUGGUUGUGCGCUGCAGCGAUGUUUCUGGAAGCACCUGGAGACAAACAUGACCUGCUUCUCCACUCGGUUUGGCCGUGGAUUCACAUCCGUCUGUCGCUGCGUGUGGAGCCACUCGUUAAAUCAGUUACAGAACGACCGUCAGGAGAGAGACAUUAAUCAUCUGUCCUUCACACAGAGCCGGAACAAACGGCCUGUUCUCUUCCUGAAUUCACCUUCACUCGGGAAUUACAGCUGAAGUCAAAAAUUAAGACAAAAAUGUGAACCGAAGGUUAGCAGCCUGUAUAAACAGAAAGUCAUCAGGAUCGACAGAGAAAGUUUCCAUGAGCCCAAUGAGUGAUCGGUGCUCUUUUAUAGGGACAGAAUAAUAAACCAGUUUUUAUACAAUAAUCAGAGAAGGUAGUUUGGCAGGAAAAGAAUGCACAUUUAUGAGUAAUGCCAGCGCUGACCACAUUAGCUGAGAACAAGCGAAACUAUUUACAGUCAUCACCAGAAACAGGCUAUCUGCAGAGUUCACUACAUUGCAUGUGCAUUCAAAUGAAAUACCAUACUAUAUAUGCCUAAUACAUCACGUGAUAUUUUCCAAUAUACUGCAAUAUAUUUUUGUUUCAUAAGGGAGAGCUGGGACUGCAGAUAGAGCCCACUCUCUCACUUCACUCUGUUCACUGAUUUAAUGUUUACUGAUACACUUUCGUUCCUCUUUAUUAGUGUAGUUACUCCUCCAUCACCCUGAGAAAAACUUGAGAUUUACUAAAGAUAUCUUAAUGCCCUUUUAGAUGUUGGCUCUUAAUAAACUCUCCUUUUGGCAUCUUCACUUCAAGACCCUAUGGUUUGGUUCCCCUCUACAAAAUAGUGGAUUACUCAGUUAAUAUUUCUCAAAGACAUUUAAUAUUUUGGCUUUCAUCCCUAUGCAUGUCUUUCUUCAAAAAAAUAAAUCCACAAAAUCAAAAUUUUGAGCCAGGGAUUUUGAACUUUGGUUGAUGUGACCUGAGCUUUUACAUUGUGCUUUUUUGUGUCAUUAUCAGUUUGUGGCCAAAGGCUGAUGUCACAUGAAUUCAGCUGUAGGUGAGAACAGAAAGAGAAGGACUUGUGAAACGCACGUGAUCUCUGUUGGAAGUGUUCUUCUGUCCUCGGUGUAACAGCGCCCCCUGGCGGACCAACGCGGCGCUGCUGUUCUCGUGACUCGGAUUCA